AUGGAAGAGGAAGACGACGAUUUCUACACCCAAAACGGCGAUGCCCCCGUCAAGAACGAGCAGCCGACAAACCAAGACGACCCUAACGAGCAACCCGACCUCAACCUAGACGAUCAAGACGACGAUGACGACGACGAGGACGACGAUGAUGAUGACAGCGACAUUGAUAUCAUCACCGAGCACAAGGACGGCGCUGCUCCAGAACCUCCGGACGGCUCCAAAUACCCCGAAGUCCGCACCUCGUCGAUAGACGUCAAUGCCACUCCAUCCUGGGACCCUGCUGGCAAGCUCAUCACCGAAGUCGACAUUGACGCCGAUCUCGCCGAACACACAAAACCCUGGCGCCUGCCCGGCACUGACCAGACCGACUUCUUCAACUAUGGCUUUGACGAGUUUACCUGGACCCAGUACUGCUUGCGCCAGCAGAACAUGGCUUCCACAAUCAACAAUCAAAAGCAAGAGACCAAGCAAUUCGAGAUGAUGUUGACCGGAGGAGCUAUGCCUGGCCAAGCUGCCCCUGCCGGCCCUCAGGCUGCUCCACCGGGCGGACCUAUGGCUAUGGGCAUGCCUGGAAUGGGAAUGCCCGGCAUGCCCGACAUGAAUCCCGAAAACAUGGCUGCCUUUGCCAGCGUCUUGCAAAGUCAAGGCAUCGACCCCAGUCAGCUCGACUUCAACACCUUUAUGCAACACUACCAGCAAGCAUCCAUGGGCGGUGGACAAGGCGGAUAUGGCGGCCAAUCCAUGCAGCCUCAACAAUCGAAUCAAGGCUACGGCGGCCAACAGCAACAGCAAUCCUUCCAGCAACAAGGUCAACAACCCGGUCAGCAAGGCCAACAAUCUCAGGGCCAAGGCUUUGAUGGUUACAGUCAGCAACAGAUUGCCAUGAUGCAAGGUCAAGGAGGCAUCCCAUCAGGUCCUUCGGGUGGUCGCGGUCGCGGUAGAGGUCGGAGAUGGCAAUAG